AUGGUCGCCACGCCCGCCCCCCUACGUGCUGCAACGCUGAAGGCAGAAGCAGCCGCGAAGAAGAAGGCAGAGAAGGAAGCAGCCAAGGCCAGCGCCGCCGCCGCCGCGCCUCCCGCCUCCGCGGCGGCGUCCGCUAGGUCCAAGGCCAAGGCCGGCGCUGCCGACGAGGAGGAGCUGGACCCGACACAGUACUUCGCUAACCGCUCCAGGGCAAUCGCCCAGCUGGAGGAGGAAGGAACCAACCCAUACCCCCACAAGUUCCACGUUACGAUCAGCAUCCCGGAGUUCGUGGCAAAGUUCAAGGACGUGGAAGUCGGAGAGAAGCAGGAGGAUGUCGUGUCCCUCGCGGGCAGGAUCGUCAAGAAGCGCGAGCAGGGCAAGCUGCUCUUCUAUGGCAUGAAGGCGGACGGUGCAAGCGUGCAGGUGAUGGCAUCUCUGAGCGACUACGAGGGAGGGGAGGAGGCGUUCUGGAAGACGAACGGACUGCUGCGAAGAGGGGACCUGAUCGGGGUGACCGGUUACCCCGGAAAGUCGAAGAAGGGGGAGCUUUCGGUUUUCCCCACGACGAUGGUGUUGUUGUCGCCGUGCCUGCACAUGCUCCCCAACUCCAGGGAAGGCCUCAAGAACCAGGAGACCCGCUACCGACAGCGGUACCUGGACCUCAUGACCAACGACGAGACGAGGAGGGUUUUCCAGGUUCGCUCCAAGGUGGUGAACUACAUCCGCUCCUUUUUGGACGAGCGAGGUUUCCUGGAGGUGGAAACCCCGAUGAUGAACAUGGUGGCCGGCGGCGCGACGGCCAAGCCCUUCGUGACCCACCACAACGACCUGAACCUCGACCUCUUCAUGCGCGUGGCCCCCGAGCUGUACCUGAAGAUGCUGGUCAUCGGAGGCCUUGACCGGGUCUACGAGAUCGGCCGGCAGUUCCGGAACGAGGGCAUCGACCUCACACACAACCCGGAGUUCACCACCUGCGAGUUCUAUCAGGCCUACGCCGACUACGAGGACCUCAUGUCGAUGACGGAGCAGAUGAUCUCCGGGAUGGUGAAGAAGAUCUGCGGCUCCUUCAAGAUCAAGUACCAGCUCAACCCGGGUGAGGAUCCCCUGGAGGUGGACUUCACGCCGCCCUUCCGGCGCGUGAGCAUGAUGGACGGCCUCGAGGAGGUGCUCAAGGUCAAGCUUCCGGCGCUCGACGAUCCCGAGAUCGACGGCAAGCUGCAGGCGCUGCUCACGGAGCACGGGCUGGAGUGCGCGCCCCCGCUAACGACAGCACGCCUGCUGGACAAGCUGGUUGGCGAUUUCUUGGAGGACAAGUGCGUCCACCCGACCUUCAUCACCGACCACCCGGAGAUCAUGUCUCCCCUGGCCAAGUACCACCGCUCCAGGCCCGGGCUCACGGAGCGGUUCGAGCUCUUCGUCUGUGGGAGAGAGUUGUGCAACGCGUACACGGAGCUCAACAACCCCAUGGUGCAGCGGCAGCGGUUCCUGGACCAGUCCAAGGCCUCCGUCGCCGGCGACGACGAGGCACAGGUGCACGACGAGGAGUUCUGCACGGCCAUGGAGUACGGGCUGCCCCCUACCGCCGGCUGGGGGGUGGGCGUCGACCGCCUGACCAUGUUCCUCUCGGACAAGAACAACAUCAAGGAAGUCCUGUUGUUCCCCGCCAUGAAGCCGGAAGAGACGGCGGCUCAACAAUCCACGUCUCGCGGGAUAGGGAUGGCACCGGCGGCGGCGGCGGCGGCCGCGCCAGCGGCGAAGGCGGCAGUGUCUUACCCUCCGCUGUUUGCGAGCGGGUCCAGCCUGCUGAAGGACGUCGACCUAGCGUCGACGACGGGGAUCCAGAAGCUCGAGGGGCUGCUCAAGGGAAAGUCGUUCCUGGGGGGUCCGAGGCCCGGAUCGGAAGACGCUUGCGUCUACGCGGCUGCCUCCUCCGUGCCCCCCCCGUUGCUUGCGACCUCGCCCGCCGUAAAGGGGUGGUUGAACACGGUCGGCUUCUUCUCUCCCUCCAUGCGAGCGAGCUGGGGUGGUGGUGGUGGUGGUGCGGCUUCGGCAAGCUCUAAGAAGGGGAAGAAGGCGGCAGCGAGCGCUGCUGCUCCUGCGGCAGCGGAUAAGAGCAGGGCGGUUGAGGUCGGCGGUGGCGAUGAGGGGGACGAUGUGGACAGCUUGUUCGGAGACGAUGAGGCGGGGGAGGAGGGGGAAGCACCGGCGAGCGGGGCCGGGAUGAGCCGGGCGGAGCAGAUGGCGGCGGCCAAGUCUGCCAAGGACGCCAACAAGAAGGUCGACAGGUCCCAGAUCGUGUUCGAGGUGAAGCCGUGGGAAGCUGGCGCCGACCUCAAGGGUUUGUUCGACAAGAUCCGCAAGACGGAGAUCGAUGGGCUCGUCUGGGGAGAGGCUCACAAGCUGGUGCCCGUGGCCUUCGGCGUGAAGAAGCUGGUCUUGUCGUGCGUCGUUGUUGACUCCAAGGUCGGCGUUGAAGACAUCACUGACGUCAUCGAGAAGUUCGAGGACGAAGUGCAAAGCGUGGAUAUGACCACGAUGAACCGAUUGUAACGGGCCCGCCUUCAGUCGGGUUGUGGGAUCGUCCGAAUCCAACAGUUACUUGCAAGCAGUUAUUGUAGCCUCUGCCGGCCGGCUGGCUGGCUGGCUCGAUCUCCUUGCUGUCUGUUGCGGGCCUAUAAUAGCAACGAUAUGUAGAAGGCAAGAUACCGCAGGUUGAGGGCGUGUUGUCUUGCUGGUUCAUGACGGCAGUGGUGGAAUGAACAAGUUGUCCAAAGGAGGGAAUAUGAGAGUGUUCAUCUUUGAGAGCAGGUGUUGCGUAGAGCCUCGUUUGGGGCAGAAGGUGGUUGAGGCUGCACGUACCUCCCUCUCUGUAGUGGCUUGGGAAGACGUGCACGCCGUACGGCACCCGCUCCUGACGUGCUUGCUGCCUUUCGGAGUCUAAUCGUUGCCGUUUCUCUGUGUCAUUAGAUGCGUAUCGAUGGGCCGUUCCUUCCGGGGUCGGUGCCACCGCAAGCUGAGGUUGAAAGACGUCUUGUAAGCAUCCAAGUCCGGCCGGCCUGGUUGGGAGCGUCGUUUCGCAGGAUGGUUGGUUGUCGUACGUAGUGGAUCGUACGAUACGAUGUAGCGGGUUUGUAAAAGCACCGGAUUCAA